UUGACAUUAUUUUGACAUUAGCCUUCUACAAUACUGCUCAAUCGUCUCCUAUUCUAACCAAAAAUUUAGUUUCUUUUACGAGAACAACGCCUUUUAGUAAACAUGGACGACGAUAUGAUAUUUGAUCCUUCGUUGAAGAAGAAAAAGAAAAAGAAGACUGGUUUUGAUUUAGAAGCUGCUCUUGCUGGUGAGCAAGGUGAGAGCACGAGUAUGGAGACACCCGCAGAUACAGGUGACGUCGACGCGCCCGAAGACGAUAACCUCGAUUUAGACAAUUUUGGCAAAAAGAAAAAGAAAAAGAAGAAGACAUUUUUCAAUCUCGGAGAAUUAGAAAAUGCCUUGCCUGAAACACCGCCAACCGAAGAACCGGAAGCGCAGGAAGACGAAGUAAUGGAUGAUCUAGAUUUGGAUAUAGAUUUCACUAAGACGAAAAAGAAAAAGAGGAAGAAGGAUAAAAAUGUAGAUGAACUGGUCACAGAAGAAGAUGUCAGAGGAGAAGAUCAAGAAAAUGUGGAAGAUGAGCACGGUGAAUGGGUUGGAAGUGAUCAUGAUUACUCAUAUGACGAACUUCUAGAACGAGUUUUUGAUAUUAUGCGGGAAAAGAACCCAAGCAUGGUAUCUGGUAAAAAGCAAAAGUUCAUAAUGAGACCACCCCAAGUAGUCCGAAUUGGUACAAAGAAAACCUCCUUUGCCAAUUUUACGGAAAUUUGUAAAACUUUGCAUCGGCAGGCCAAGCAUUUGUUGGAUUUUCUUCUGGCGGAAUUGGGUACUAGUGGUUCAGUGGAUGGAAACAGUCAACUAAUUAUCAAAGGUCGCUUCCAACAAAAACAGAUAGAGAAUGUUUUACGUCGGUAUAUAAAAGAGUAUGUAACAUGUCAUACAUGCCGCUCCCCUGAUACAAUUUUACAGAAAGAUACUAGAUUAUUCUUCCUUCAAUGUGAGACAUGUGGGUCUCGUUGUUCAGUGGCUAGCAUUAAAUCUGGUUUCCAAGCUGUGACUGGCAAGCGUGCUGCCAUCCGUGCAAAGACUGCAUAGAAAAUUAGUGCUUAGUGAUUAACUAAUUUUACAGUAAUGGUUUGGGGUACAUGUGGUAAUUUUUAAUAGAAGAUUGUGUUUUUAUAUCUGUCAACCUCAACCAACAUGACAAGCUAAGCAUUAUUGUAGUAAUUAAUAAUAAAAAAAAUUGGCAAUUUCAAAUGAAUUCGGCACAUGUUGUGGUCCUCAGUUUCAAUAAACAUAGUACAGUAACCCAGGUGUUGACAACACAAUGUGAAAUACAUAUUUAUUUUUAUCAAAUGUGUCCCAAUUGAAUCCCUAUAUUUAUGUAUAACUCACAUCUGUAUUAUUCUCAUUGAUACACAAUGUUUUAUAAAAUAUUGUUUUAUUUUAAUCUAUUGCAUUUAAUAAAACAUUUUCUAACAAUUAA